CUACGAUUAGCCCACAAGGACUAGGCUCCUGUAUCAGAAGCGCACCAUUACUCAAAUCUUUUCACAAGCAAAGAGAUAUUUACAGGUAGCGAUGCGUAUUGCAUGAAUACCCAUCUGCCAUUCAAAUCAGUUCACACCUAUCCCCAGACAUACAGCAAGCACCACCCCGCUCCUCGACAUUUUCCAGCAUCCAUCGAUCGCGACUCUACUACCUACCUAUGGAUUGCUCGCCGACUGGAUCUACAGUCUUUACGAGGCACACGGUUCUGUUACGGAGUCGUGUUGGUACCUGCAUCACCAAGCUGGGCCUUUCCCUCAGAAGCGAAGCGGUCGUGGCGGAACAGAAUUCACGCCAUUAUUGCACUAAUGAUUAGUAUCUGUUUCUCCAGUCUUUCGUCCCUCUCGUACGGGUAUGGCUCCCGCUUAGUGCUGGCGAUAUGUUCUCUUUUGGACUUUCUCUCCGAACUAGCAUCACCGGUGCUAUUGAUAGGGGAAUAACGCUGCAGACGCGCACGUUGACGCGCUCGUGAACUAAAAGCCUACCAACUCGGAUCUGGAAAACCAAAUCACUCGUGCUCUCAACAGCUUCGUCCCGGCUCCCCCGCUAGGUCGCGCAACUUCUAGAAGUACAUAUUGUACUUCACCAAACUAGCAAGGUGAAACAUCAAAGAACCACACACACCAUUCGUAGAAACCUUGUUCCUUUGCUGCUAUUCAGCGUCGCGCCAUGGAAGUAGUGGAAUAAAUUGACUGUCGCUUGUGUCAAACCAACAAUACGCGCUUGUCUC